CAGUUUCACUGUGGGAGCCCAGCAAACUGCACAUGGCUCAGGAGGAGAAUAAGCGUCUGGUGGUGGUGGUUCCUAAUGAAAUGACUGUUCCAUCACGCCGUGCCUUCACAAGUGAAGAUGAGGCAUGGAAAUCUUACUUGGAGAAUCCACUGACUGCUGCCACCAAGGCCAUGAUGAGCAUUAAUGGAGAUGAGGACAGUGUGGCUGCCCUGGGAAUCCUUUAUGAUUACUAUAAGGUUCCUAAAGAGAAGAGGCUCCUGCCAGUGCACAAACUUCCAGAAGAUCAUGAAAAAAGGUAA